GGAUGGCCCCGUUGAGUAUCUAUAUACUUACUACUACUUACUAGAUAGUCACUAGUGGAUCGAGAUGUUUUGCAUCAUGGUUGCUGAUCAUCAAUCAGUCUGGAUUUGAGGUGCAUUGCUGAGUCUGGGGAUUUCCCCGAAGAACCUCCGGAAUUCGACGAGACACAGCUAUCUAGGUAGCUCCCAACGCGUUGGACUGUGGCGUCAAUGAAUUGCAUCUCGCCCAUACUGCAGCCAUCGCGGCUUUAUUCCGGACCUUGAUCUUCUCAGUCGGGGUCGAUAACGAUCUAGUAUUUAGCCGAAGGAACCAGUGUCUCUGGAAACCGUUCUCCCAGUUCGAAUGUAAUAUCUAUCCGAUCUGAUGGAUCAGAAAGUUCCCCACUCGGAUGAUGCCCAGCAAUGGCGCCCAUCUUACCAUAUCACCGCCCCCCGCGGGUGGCUGAAUGACCCGUGCGGUCUAGGAUAUGAUUCUGCAACUGGUCUCUACCACCUGUCGUUUCAAUGGAACCCGAAAGGCAACGAUUGGGGAAAUAUCUCGUGGGGAUGUUGUGUUUCUACGGAUCUGCUGACCUGGAAGAUAUUUCCAGAGCCGUGCCUGGAGCCCAGCACCGAGUACGAUCGCUGUGGCGUGUUUACAGGGUGUCUCCAGCCAACGGCUGUGAAUGGGGCUCCAAAUGCCCUCACUGUUGUAUACACAUCCGUGGGGCAUCUCCUGAUCCACUAUACGCUGCCAUAUGUGCCUGGAUCUGAGUCGGUUAGUCUGGCCACUUCACAGGACCAGGGCAAGACAUGGCAGCGCCUUGAUUGCAACCCCGUUCUACUACGCCCUCCUACAACCCUCACGGUAACAGGCUGGAGAGAUCCGUUUAUUGGCCGUUGGCAAAUCAUGCCCGAACAACCUGGGGCCUCUGAUCUCUGCGGGUUCAUCUCGGGGGGUAUCACCGGAAAGACCCCGACAGCAUUCGCAUACUCGAUAAAUCCCCACGACCUACGCCAAUGGACGUACUUGGGACCGCUGGUCCACGUUGGGCUUAAUUUCCGACCAUCUCGAUGGUCUGGCGAUCUUGAGGUCAACUGGGAGGUCGUUAACUGGGUACCCAUGACAGAUGAUGAGAGUACCACCAGAUAUUUCAUACUAAUGGGGGCCGAGGGAUGCUUGGUAUCGGGAAAAUAUGGAAAAAGAAUACCUCGGGCACAGCUGUGGAUGUCCAUCAAGCCCUGCUCUAGAGCUCAACAACACAGCGCCACCGAUGCUCUAUCGACCUAUGCGUUUUCGGGGAUCUUUGAUCACGGGUGCUGUUAUGCGGCGAAUAGCUUCUGGGAUCCCAUCACAGCUCAGCAUAUCGUCUAUUGCUGGAUUACAGAAGAAGACCUACCGGAUGAUCUUCGACACCAACAAGACUGGAGCGGCAUAUUGUCUAUCCCCCGGGUAGCAAAGUUGACAACUCUGCACCAUGUAAGGCGAGCUCGGCAUUCUGAGCUGAGUGCCAUCACCUCCAUAGAGACUCAAAGAGAGACAAAGCAUACCUCUACCGUUCGAACACUGGGCAUUCGGCCGGAUCCACGGCUCGAGGGCCUUCGGAACGAGAAAAACAGAAUUCAUGUUGAUAGUCUCACUUUAGAAAAACACGGUGACUACACCUCUCCAUUCGACACCCAUCUUUCUCUGAUGACAUCGAGAUGGGAAGUCCACGCCGAGUUUUCCGUCAGUACGCAGUGCAGUGCAGUGGGGCUUGAAAUCCAACAUGGCGGUAACGCGCAGCACCGCACCAUCCUCUUUUGGGAACCAUCUAGUGAAACCUUUACCAUCCAACGGCCUCCGCCCCACGACUCCCGCAUCAACCACGACCCCGAGUCCGCUCCGCAUACACUAUUCACCUUCGAGACCCUGUCAGGAGAGCAGGGGGAGGAGACACUACGUAUCCAUGCGUUCUGGGACACAAGCGUGCUGGAAGUCUUCGUGAAUGAGCGGACCGUCAUCUCUACUCGGAUCUAUAUUUUACCUGACCAGGCCCGCUGCUCUGGACUGCGUUUCUUUGCCGAGGGUGAGACAGGCUCUCCGCCAGCCGUGCUUUUGCAGGCAGACGGAUGGGACGGGCUGGGUGUCAGUCAAUAGCCAGCUCUCAUUGAUCCAGCACCGCCCCGGAGUAACGAUCCGACGCGCGAGCAAGCACAUUAUCGGAGGCCCAUAAUGUAUUAUUGUACAUAGUUGUUUCCCCGAGAGUUGAAUUAGCG